UAAAAAGGCGAGCAGAGUGAUGGAUCUUCACACAGCUCACGUCUCUGUCUUUAUAGCUGCAAUGGAGUCCUUCAAGGUCACUGUGGUCCUGGCAGCGUUGGGCGUCGCACUGGCACUCCCUCAGUACAACUCCGCCCCAGCGCCCGCGGCACCGGCUCAGUAUGGCACUUCGGAGCCCGUGGAUCCUGGUGGAGCUCCUGCAGCGGGGGGUUAUCAGUAGGACGAGAUGGACUGAAGGAGGGGAGAGGUGUUCCGGCAGGAGGAGAGAUGUGGCGUGUAUAGAAGGAGGUGACAUGAGGAGGAAAUUAAGGACAAUGAGGACAAGAAGAUAGAUGUGAAGGAGUGUGUAAAAGGUUUUAUGAGGAUGAUAUUAGGGAGGUGAGGACAGGAGGAGGACCAGUUAAAAGAGAGAUGUGAUGGAGUCUGUAUGCAAAUUGAUGAGGAAGAGCCCAGCUACGAUUCAUUGUCGUUGGGGGUUACUUACUUCUAGUGAGAGACACUCUAGUGUUGAUCUUUAAUGUGCUUUUGUGAAAAAUGAGUUCGUUAAGUUUCUAAAAUGUUUCUUUGAACGGUAACUUGGUACUGGCGCAGGUCGCAUGUGUUUUGUUUGUAACUGUCUAUAUUGUUCAUGUUAUUUGUUCAUUCUACAGUUUAUUAAAGCUUAUUUGCCUAAA